CGGCCGGUCGUGGCCGCGCGGGCGGGGCCGAGCUCCGGGCGCCCGGGGCGCCGCCGCCGCCGCCGCCUUCUCGCCGCAGAAAUACCGUUUUGGGUUGUGAUGAGCUCCAGCACUACAGGAACCAAGGUUUCACAGUGAAGAGCCACUGCUUUCACAAGUUCUGACACCAGCCAGUCUUCCUUGAAUUCUGGUGUGUGCAAGUCCUUGGUGGAGGUUGCAUAUAUACAUGUUUUCAUGAAGAGAAGUGAGAAACCAGAAGGUUAUAGGCAAAUGAGGCCUAAAACUUUUCCUGCCAGUAACUAUACUGGCAGCAGCCAGCAGAUGCUACAGGAAAUACGAGAGAGCCUCAGGAAUUUACCUAAACCCUCCGAUGCUGCUAAAGCUGAUCACAGCAUGGGCAAAAUGUUAUCUGAAGAUCCUAGGCAAGGUCGAAAUCCUCCCAAAUUUGUAACAUAUCAUAAAGUUUUGCAGGAGAUAAGAAACUCACUUCUGCCUUUUGCAAAUGAAGCGACCUCAGCUGUCAAAGGAACAUCAGAAGUUAAUCGACAAAUGCUGCAAGACUUACAAGCUGCUGGCUUUGAUGAGGAUAUGGUUGUACAAGCUCUUAGACAAACUAACAACCGUAGUAUAGAAGCUGCCAUUGAAUUUAUAAGUAAAAUGAGCUACCAGGAUCCUCGUCGGGAGCAGAUGGUUGCAGCAGCAGCAAGACCUGUAAAUGCAGGUAUGAAACCCCCAGCAGGGACUGUUCAGCAAUCAGUUAACCGCAAGCAGAGCUGGAAGGGUUCUAAGGAGUCCCUGGUUCCUCAGCGGCACGGCCCUUCCCUGGGAGAAGGUGUAGUUUAUCGCUCAGAAAGUCCCAGUUCUCAGCCUGAUGUAGGAAGGCCAUUAUCUGGAUCUGGCAUUGCGGCAUUUGCUCAGGCUCAUCCUGGCAAUGGACAAAGAGUGAAUCCCCCACCUCUACCGCAGAUAAGGAGUGUCACUCCUCCUCCUCCACCUCCUCGAGGGCAGACACCCCCCCCAAGGGGAACUACUCCUCCACCUCCUUCCUGGGAACCGAAUUCUCAAACAAAGCGGUACUCUGGAAACAUGGAAUAUGUGAUCUCCCGUAUUUCUCCAGUGCCACCAGGAGCAUGGCAGGAUGGUUAUCCACCUCCACCUAUGAAUCCUCCACCUAUGAAUUCAUCCACGCAGAGUCAGAGAGGCAUGAGUGCUGUCCCCAUUGGCAGGCAACCAAUAAUCAUGCAGACUUCUGCCAACAGCAAAUUUAGUUUUCCGUCGGGAAGAGCUGGAAUGCAAAAUGGCAAUUGUCAGGCAGAAUUCAUAGUUCACCAGAAUGUGGUGUCUGGGAAUUCGGUGAGUCGCCAGCCACCUCCAUACCCCAUGAAUUCAGCUAACAGGCAGAGUCCCACAGCACUACAGAUGCAGGCAGGAGGAUCUGCUCCUCCUUCAGCGUACACCAAUGGGAAUCUUCCUCAGGCGAUGAUGGUGCCAAACAGAAAUAGUCACAACAUGGAACUUUACAACGCAAAUGUAGCUGGAAUACCCACCUCCUGGUCACAGCCUUCCCCUGUGCAGCCGCAGUCAUCACCUGGCAACGGGCACGACAUGCCUCCAUGGCAACCCAAUGUUCCCGUGCGGUCAAAUUCUUUCAACAACCAUCAUGGCAAUAGGCAGAGUCACUCUGGCAGCUCUCAGCCUUCGGCCACAACAGUAACAGCCAUAACACCAGCUCCCAUCCAGCAACCAGUGAAAAGCAUGCGUGUGUUAAAACCAGAGCUGCAGACUGCCCUGGCACCCACUCACCCUUCCUGGAUGCCACAGCCCAUGCAAACUGUGCAGACCAUCCCCUUCUCUGAGAGCCCAUCUACAAAUAUGGCAGUUAUGGCUCCUGUUGUGGAGGCUCCAAAUUACCAGGGCCCCCCACCACCUUACCCUAAACACUUGCUACAUCAGAAUCCUUCUGUCAAUCUGUAUGAGGCAGGACCCAAGCUCAACAAGGAGGAGCCACCUCUUUUAUCCAGGGAGGAUGAGAAUGAAAAGAAUUACGAAUGUGUUGAUUCAACAGAUAAAGAAAAAAAACAAAUCACAACAUCACCUGUUCCUGUUAGAAAAAACAAGAAAGAUGAAGAAAGAAGAGAGUCUCGCAUCAAAAGUUAUUCCCCUCAAGCCUUUAAAUUCUUCAUGGAGCAGCAUGUGGAGAAUAUACUCAAGUCACACCAGCAGCGUUUGCAUCGGAAAAAACAACUAGAGAAUGAAAUGAUGCGGGUUGGAUUGUCACCAGAAGCCCGAGAUCAAAUGAGGAAAAUGUUGUGCCAGAAAGAAUCUAAUUACAUUCGACUAAGAAGAGCUAAAAUGGACAAAUCAAUGUUUGUAAAAAUUAAAACCCUGGGAGUUGGUGCAUUUGGAGAAGUUUGCCUAGCAAGAAAAGUGGAUACUAAUGCUUUAUAUGCGACAAAAACUCUGAGGAAAAAAGAUGUCUUGCUUAGAAAUCAAGUUGCUCACGUUAAAGCUGAGCGGGAUAUCCUCGCAGAAGCUGAUAAUGAAUGGGUGGUUCGCCUGUACUAUUCAUUCCAAGAUAAAGACAAUUUGUACUUUGUAAUGGACUACAUUCCAGGAGGUGAUAUGAUGAGUCUCCUGAUUAGAAUGGGUGUCUUUCCAGAAAAUCUAGCACGGUUCUACACAGCAGAACUGACCUGCGCAGUUGAAAGUGUUCAUAAAAUGGGCUUCAUCCACAGAGAUAUUAAACCUGAUAAUAUCUUGAUAGACCGUGACGGUCAUAUCAAAUUGACUGACUUCGGGCUCUGUACAGGUUUUCGAUGGACCCAUGAUUCAAAAUACUACCAGAGCGGUGAUCAUGCACGACAGGACAGCAUGGAUUUCAGCAAUGAAUGGGGUGACCCAGCGAAUUGCAGGUGCGGAGAUCGGCUGAAGCCGCUGGAGCGCAGGGCUGCACGUCAGCACCAGCGCUGCCUGGCCCAUUCCCUUGUUGGCACCCCCAACUACAUCGCUCCAGAAGUGUUGUUACGAACAGGUUACACACAGUUGUGUGACUGGUGGAGUGUUGGAGUAAUUCUCUUUGAGAUGCUAGUGGGGCAGCCUCCAUUCCUGGCGCAAACGCCCCUGGAAACACAAAUGAAGGUUAUCAACUGGCAAACUGCACUUCAUAUUCCACCUCAGGCUAAAUUGACUCCAGAGGCCUCCGACCUUAUUAUUAAACUGUGCCGAGGGCCAGAAGAUCGUUUAGGCAAAAACGGUGCAGAUGAAAUAAAAGCUCAUCCAUUUUUUAAAACAAUUGAUUUUUCAAGCGAUCUACGGCGACAGUCUGCUUUCUACAUUCCCAAAAUUGCUCAUCCUACAGACACAUCAAACUUUGAUCCAGUUGAUCCAGAUAAAUUGUGGAGUGACGAUGAUAAGGAGGGGAACAGAAAUGAUACCCUUAACGGGUGGUACAAAAACGGAAAACAUCCUGAACAUGCUUUUUAUGAGUUCACCUUCCGAAGGUUUUUUGAUGACAAUGGCUACCCAUACAACAAUCCAAAGCCCAUUGAAUACGAGUAUGGUAGUUCCCAAAACUCAGAACAGCAGUCAGAUGAGGAUGAUGAUGAUGAUGAACAGGCAGGUAGAGGAGUUCAGAGCCGUGAUCUGGUUUAUGUUUAGUAGAGGAAUAAAGAUCAAAAAGUAAAUAAUCAAUUUUGCAGCUAUACCUUUUGAAAAGUCUGUUUUAAGAGACUUGAAAGAAGAUUGCUACGGUAAAUACAUGCACACUUUCUUGGAAACACUAAAAAAAUUAUGUCUUCUCCUUCCCUGUCAGUACAUUUUGUUUCCCCCGAAUACAGAGAAAUCCUCAACCAUUAAUUUAUUCCAGUGAUGUUAAUUGUUUAAUUUAGAAGAGAUUUGAUGUUAGGUGAAAAAAAUAUCACUUGAAUUUUGUUAUUGGUUCUCUGUACUCUAAGUACUCAAAAUAGGAAAUAGUGACUUUUUUUUUCCCCUCCCUAAGAUGAUGCCUGGUAUCUAUUUGUACAUAUAUUGAAUAAUUUUAGAAAGCAGUUCUCUGCUUCAGAAUUUUUAAUGACAGUUUUUCCAUGCAUUGACCAAAUAUAAAACCUACUUUACUAAUAAAGCUCUCUGAUACAUUUCUGAAGAGGAAAAAAAAAGGCUGCUGUACCGUCACUUCUCACUGUAUUUAACCUAAUUAUUCGCAGUGUUGGAAAAACAGAGCCAUCUAUCUGGUGAAACAUUUCCAGCUACUGUUUAAGUGGCCUAGUUCUCAGCUUUGAAACAAGAAAGUGUCAGUCUUGCCUAUAGGAUGAUUGUAAGACGAUAAAGCAUUAAAUCUAGUAUUUUAUUAAAUAGUAAUUGGAUUUGACGUUAGUAACAAAGUAGCAUUUGACUGGUACUCUCAAAGCAGAACUGCUCACUCAGAAACAACUUGAUUGUCUCCUGUCAUCAGUUAUCCUAUAGAUAGAAGAGGAAAAGAAGCUUUAGAAAAAACACUUUCUGAAAUCUAGUUCAAUUUUCUGACUACAGCCAAACUGUAAAGUGUGUACAGUGCUGCUUGAGUUGGAAUUUUUAGUUUGAAAAAUAAAUUUUAGAGUAGUGUCUUUAUUAUAAGUUUGAGAUAGUAAUGGAAAAGGAUUAUGGCUUUUGAGGCUGUUGUUGUGGAGACCCGUUUCACUUGGCUGGAAUAGUUUUCCUCCUGGUCACAGAGACAGUAAGGAGAAGCACCGUGCACCAGCCUAUCUGAGCCAUCAGUACAGUAUCAAUGGUCUGUCACAGCCCAGUUCAGAACAGAAUUAGGAACUUAGAGCUGUGUCUGCUGCCUUCUACAUUACUCUUCCAUAAUUUCUGGCAGCAGGUGAUCAGGUAUCCCCUUGGGUCUCAUGGUGGGAGGGUACUGAGCCUGUUGAGGUGACUGGGAGUACAGACAGGAGCAUCCCUCUAAGCAGCUUCCCGGAGACUGGACUGGGAGUUACAGGUGAGAGGCAGAAAGAAUUAUGAUUUUAUCUCUCUCCUUCUUUCUCAUGAAGUUAACACAGUGGUAAAGAAAAUGCACUAUUUUUAGUAAACUUCAUGUCUUUUAAAACUUCCUCCUCCUUGGAAUUGAAUUCCAAUGGAUAAUCUCAUAACAUGCCUGUAACCAUUACUGCUUUUUUAAAUUAUUACUUGUGCCAUUGCACUGGCAUUGCAACUAUCUAAACAUGGUGAAAUUGGUGUUCACAGCUAUUCUUGCAGCAAACAUGAGUUACUAGUUUACUUUUCUCACCAAGCUGGUUUGUUUAUUUCUGGCCAAUUUGUUCUCUUUCUGUGCUCCAGUGCAGUGUCUCUCUUGGUGCCAGUGCAACUGUCUAUAGUGCUGUCCUAAAUACUGGAUCAGUGAAAAAACUGUGUGGUGUUUAGCAUUUGGAGUUUCCUUUCUUGCGUGUUCAUUUGAACCAUCCAGUUUCUAGUGUGGUCCAUAAAUGAUUCAUAUUGGCUUAACUGAGGAAGGUCUGAACUGCAGCAGUUGGCAGUGAGGAAACUUCUUAAACAUACUUGGUCACAGGAGAAAAUGUUUGUGGAAGUUCACUCCUCUACUGUGAAGUGCUUAUAAUUGUUAGAAGGUGGUUAUGAGAAGUUGUUUUCUCAAACAAGUAGUAAGUUACUUUCUGUAAUGAAAAUGAGUUUGCAGUUUAAUAAAACAAUUCCUGUUCUGUCUGCCUUUUCCACAGCUGUUGAAAUAGAAUAGCUUUUAAGAUUCAUUUAGCUUAAAUAUUAUAAAAUGGCUGCAGUGUGUAACUACUCCAUUUUAUAUAUUAUGUAAAAAAGAUUGCUUUUCUUGUAAAUAAACUUUAAAGAUUACCCUCCUUCAUAGUAAGUAUCCCAGUAAAACUGGUCUACUUGUCUUAGAGUAAAGUGUAAUAUAUUACUGGUUAAAGGUAAUUUAAUCAAGCUUGCCUCACCAUUUUUGAAGUGUGCAGAGAAAAUAAUGUCAAUUCUUCAUUAAAUUGACUCUUAAAGUUGCCUUUUCAUGUGAGUAUAUUUCUCCUCUGCCUGCACUGUGCUAUGGUAUAUUCCUGUUUAAUACUAUUACUGGUCUUCAACCAAUUUAAAAAUAAAUUUAAAAAAUAUAUAAAAAAGGGUCCUGUAAUGGCACCAUUGUUCUAUACAAGCAAACCCAGUUGCUUUUUUUAAAAGACAUCAUUAAUUCUUUCAAGGACAUCUGCAAGUACUGAAAUGUUAAAUAUUAUUUUGCCUUUUUAAACAAAUACAUGAAAAGCUCAUAUCUUUAGAAUUUGGUAGAUGCUUCUGGCAUUUCCUAACAUCAUGUGUUAGAAGUUGUAAUAUAUGUUGUUUGAAUUUUGCCACCUAGAUGCUGCAGUAUUAUGUAUUUCCUUGCAAAAAAUACAGUUUGUUACAAUCCAUGUUCACUGAGAAAAUUAGUUACAUGUAAAUGUUGUCACAACUCUCUAACAUUCUCUGCCUUACCCAUGUUUUGAAACUUCACGUUUCAUACGUAGAUUCAGAGUCUAUUAUAGAGAUUCUUUAUAGCUGCUGCUUAAAACAUGGGUGUUUCACUGGUGACCUAUGAUGGGGAUUGGUUUGUGCGGGCAGUGAAGAAGAGAGGCUCCUAACCAGCAGCUGUGGAAUUCUGCAGUAAGUUUUAGUUCAGGUUGCUUUCACUUUGUAAAGCAUGAAAACCAGAUUCUCUUUUAUGUGCCCUUGUAUACAUAUUAAUUGUAUUUAUAAAAUGUUCUAUAAUCCUAUAACUGUACUGUAAAUACUAUUUGAUAUUCAGUGGCAUUCUAUCCUCGGGCAGGCCCUUUUGCUGUAUCUUUUCUAUCCUUGAUUUGUAAUAGAAGUCUAUAGAAUAUAUGGCUAGAAAGUGUCUUUGAGACUGACUUACCUUCUGCUGUUGCAAGGCUGUGAGUGGGAAUGAUUUAUUUAGACUCCUUUUAAUAUUAUUCAGCUAAUAGACAGUGCAGUGGGUGCGUUCUUAGAUGAUGAUGCUGUCACUGAAGAUAGUGUUAGGCUUUUGUUUCAGAUGUCAUCGGUGUUUCAGAUCAGACCUUUAAUCUGUUUGCUUUAUUUCAGCCAAAGCAAAAAGAUAAUAAAUUGGUUCAAUGUCAUAGUAAAAUGUUUGAAUGCCUUAAGAUGCUCAUGAGAAAGGCACUAUUCAAGUUUACUGAUUUAUAUAUAUCUAUAGAGAUAUAUAUAGACAUAUUCCAUGUGUGUAUAUGUAUAUAUAUAUAAUGUCUUUUUUGUAUUAUAAGACUGUCAGUUCUUUUGGAUUCUCCAAUUAAAUACAUAGACCACCGCACAA